AUGGCUGUCGGCGGCUGUUUCUGCGGCAAGGUUCGAAUCAAAUAUAAUGGCCAGCCUCUGGCGUCGGGACUGUGCCACUGUCUUGAUUGUCGCAAGCUUACUGGGGCACUCUAUACCUACAAUUAUGUUGUCCGAAGUGCAGAACUGGAUAUCUCUGGAAGUCUGAAAGAAGUGGCAAAAACAUCGGAUAGUGGAAAUAAUAUUAGGAAUUUUUUCUGUCCUGACUGUGGCACGCCGCUUUUUGGACAGAAGAUAAAAUCUGACAGAGAUUUUAACGAGAUUACAAUCCUCCGGGCAGGAAUAUUCGAUGAUAUCCAAAUUUUGAAUGAUCGGAAACCCGAGGCGGAGAUAUACACUGAUAGAUGAUUAAAGUGGGUAAAUCCCAUUGAAGGGGCUGAUCAAUUUAGUGGCAUGUUGUCACUAUCAUACCCUAAUGAUCAAGCUUGACACUUUGAGGCGUGUCAUAUGAACUACUCCUGCAUGAUGUCAGAAGCCGCAAAGGUCUGAUACAUGAGGAAACAUGGUUGCUACUGUGAGCUGUGAGCUGGGAGGGUGCUGAAUAGGGAUAUGAAAGUAGCAUGUAUAUCAGUUUGGUGUUGUCAGCGCAUGGAGUAGAAUGUCAUGGACAGCCCUGUGACCCUGCCCAGAACCUGGUGAAUACAGUUGAGGCCACCUGACCGUAGACAAAUCUGCAACAUCCAACCCUCAACGCAGCACCAAAAAUUCGUGAGUACCUGCUCACGAAUUCCACACCAGCAACCGAGUACAGAAGCAUUGCAAUUGCCAAUCCUAUGCCUGAUAUCAAUAUGGGGGAAG